AUGCGCCGCGGACUCUCCGUGCCGCUCCUCUCUUCUUCCGCCGCCGGUGCUGUGUGCGCUUUAGUGACACCGGCGCGCAGCAUCAUUGCGUGCAAGGGCAUCGUGGAGAACCGCAUCACCAAGCAUUACUCCAACCGCACUGUUGAGGAGGCGAAGGCGGAGCGGGAGGCGCAGAUAGCAAAGUCUCUCCACCCUAACCCGCGUAACCGCAAGGAGGAGCUCAGCCACCUCACCCACAACUGCAGCUACGAGUACAUCCCGGAGUUCCAGCGGUGGGCGAACGACAUGAUGGCAGUGUAUAGUGACCCGCAAAGUUACGGCCACGACAUGGCGUACCACUACCACCGCAUUUGGAAGGCAAAGAGCUUGACACGACGCGGCAUUGAAGACGGGAGCGGGGCUUUCGAGGUGUGCAAGAUUCACCCCAAAUAG